AUGAAGAAGGCAAAUUUGGUUUAUGUUGAUGAAAAAGAUAAUGAAAUUAAAGAAAGGGUUGAAUGGUAUCAUGAAUGGACAUUGGAGACUUUUAAAGUUAAAGCUGAUACAGGAUGGGUUUCAGGAUGUUUAGACCUUAAAGCAGAUAAAACUUAUGUUAACAAUGAGUUAGAGAAGAAAGCAGAUAAGGAAAAAGUUAUUUCAUUCAUUAAUACUGAGUUAGCAAAGAAAGCUGAUAUAUCAUUUGUUAAUGAAGAAAUAAAACAAUCAGAGGUCUAUUUUACUCCACCAUUUUUAAAUUUUAUGAAAUCAUCAGAUAAAACCUUUGAUAUAGAUUCUUUUGAAUGGAUAUGUUUCGAUGGAGUGACCAUGUAUUUAUUUUAUACAGAUGGAGUGCUUUAUUAUUUUAAAACAAAUGAUUUUAAAAACUAUGAAUCAUUUACUCCAUCUGUUUGGAAUCCUGAUACACGAAAGCCAAUCAUUAAUCCAAUAAUUUUAUAUGUUGAAUAUAAUAACGGUAAAUUUAUGGGAAUGAUAACAGUUGGAGAUGAUUUUUGCCCUUGUUAUUCAUUCGAUUGUAUCCAAUGGUUCAAAUGUAAUUUAAAUCAAGAUGCUAAAUUUAAAUAUCCAAAUAAUCCUAUUAGAUGUGUUAAUAAUAAAUGGGUACUAAUUUAUGAAGUCAAUCAAAUUUUCAUUAGUGAGGAUGGGAUAAAUUAUUAUAUGUUUAGUAUGAUGUCAUCAGAUUUGAAAAUUGAUUAUACAAGUAAGUGGUAUUACAUUAACAGCAUGUAUUUUAUCCUACAAAAUGAUAAAAUUUAUAGAUCAUCUUCAAUACCACAAGGUCAAUUUGAACAAAUUUUUCAAGCUGAUGGAGACAUUGAAGCUUUAUGUUAUGGAUCAAAUGUUUAUGUUCUCGUUUCAGGUGGUAUGGUCUAUUCAUAUCCUGUAAGUUAUAACAGACAUAUUUAUUUAUCACAAGAUUUAUCAAAUUGGGAAUUGGUUUAUUCAUUCACUCCAAAACUUACUCGAAAUUAUAGAUUUACUAAUUUAUUUUAUAUUGAUGGGUAUUUCAUUGCUUUAGGAUGUGGUGAUUUAGUAAAUAACAGUAAUGAUGGAAGAAAUUGGUCUGAAAUCACAAAAUUUCAAGAUGUUAGAAAAGCAAUUUUCAAAAAUAAUACGUUAAUAUUGAUAACAAGACCAGUUUUAAAUACUCACCCAGUUUCAAUAUUAUAUAAUAAAUUCAAUAUUCAUAAUGGAUUAAAUACAAUUCUUGAGAUGAUUUACCCCAUUGGUUCUAUUUAUACGUCAAUGAAUUCAACAAAUCCCGCAACAGUUCUGGGUUUUGGUACGUGGGAACAGAUUGUAGAUAAAUUCCUCUAUUGUGCGAACUCUUCGAAGCAAACAGGUGGUUCGAAGAAAAUUAAAGAAGCAAACCUUCCACCGCACACUCAUACAGGAACUACAAACUUUUCUGGCGACCAUAGCCACUCAUUAAGAGACCACCCAUUAUACAACUCAGAAUAUUAUGCUGGCAAUGACGUUUUAUCUCCAGAUUAUAACCAUUCGGCAAAAAAGACUUUUCGACCAACUGAACCAGGAGGAAAUCAUGUCCAUACUUUCACAACAAAUCCAACAGGCUUGGGUAAAGAUUACCUGCCACCAUUUAUGACUGUAUUCGCAUGGUAUAGAGUUCAAUGA